AUGGAAGCGUGGCUGGACGACCACUUGGAGUUCACCCGCUCCUACUUUAUCAGGAAGGCUUCAAGGGAGAUGGUGAAUGCCUGGUUCGCUGAGCGCGUCCACACCAUCCAGCCAUCUGCCUCCAAAGAAAAUCCUCCACAGCAGCGGUCACACCACCCGGCCCCCGGCACCCCAACUCGCAAAAUCUCAGCAUCGGAGUUCGACCGCCCGCUCAGACCAAUCGUGGUUAAAGACUCUGAGGGCUCUCUAACUUUCCUGAGCGACUCCGACCGUGAAACUGUCCCUCUCCGGGGCUCUGUGAUGGGUGAGGGUGGUGGCAACGACCGCUGCGCCAGGCUGCUGGAGCUGGUGAAGGACGUGUCGAGUCAUCUGGAUGUGACAGCACUCUGCCACAAGAUCUUCCUCCACAUCAACGAGCUGAUCGCUGCAGACCGCUACUCACUGUUCCUGGUGGGCGAGGACAGCUCGAACAGGAAGUUCUUGGUCAGCCGUCUGUUCGAUGUGGCUGAAGGAUCCACACUAGAGGAAUCAUCUAGUAACUGCAUCCGCCUGGAGUGGAACAAGGGCAUCGUGGGACACGUCGCCGCCACGGGACAGCCGCUAAAUAUCAAGAACGCUUAUGAGGACCCCAGAUUCAACGCUGAGGUAGACCUGAUCACCGGUUACAAGACCCAGAGUAUCCUUUGUCUGCCCAUAAAGAACCACAGAGAGGAGGUAGUUGGAGUGGCUCAGGCUAUCAACAAGAAAUGUGGUGAGAACGAUGCCUUCACUGAACAGGAUGAAAAGGAUUUCUCAGCCUACUUGGCCUUUUCGGGCAUUGUCCUGCACAACGCCCAGCUCUACGAGACGUCACAGCUGGAGAACAGACGCAAUCAGGUGCUCUUGGAUCUGGCCAGUCUGAUCUUUGAGGAGCAGCAGUGUCUGGAGGUUUUACUGAAAAAGAUCGCAGGAACCAUCCUCUCCUUCAUGCAGGCCCAGGCGUGUACUGUCUUCGUCGCUGACGAAAACUCCAUGAACUCCUUCUCCAGUGUGUUUCACAUGGAAUACGAGGAGUUGGACGAGGUCCUAGACGCCCCCAAAAGGGACUGUGAUGUCAGUCAGAUUGACUACAUGUACGCUCAGUACGUUAAAAACACCAUGCAGCCUCUCAACAUCGCCGACGUCACCAAGGACCAACGCUUCCCCUGGACGAGUGAAAACCCAGAUCAUACCAGCAACCAGAUAAAGAGUUUGCUCUGUACACCCAUCAGGAAUGGCAAGAAGGACAAAGUCAUAGGUGUUUGUCAGUUGGUGAACAAGAUGGAUGAACCGUCGGGCAGCGUGAAAGCCUUCAACAGAAACGAUGAGCAGUUCCUGGAGGCAUUUGCUAUCUUCUGCGGACUCGGUAUCCAGAACACACAGAUGUACGAAACAGUGGAGAGAGCUAUGGCUAAGCAGGAGGUCACUCUGGAGGUCCUGUCAUAUCACGCCUCUGCCGCAGAGGAAGAAUCGCGGGAUCUCCAGGUAACAGCGGUAGCCACAAUCCCAUCAGCCCAGUCGUUGCGUCUGAUGGACUUCAGCUUCAGUGACUUUGACUUGUCGGACACUGAAACCACAUUGGCUACCGUCCGUAUGUUUGUGGACCUCAAUCUGGUCCAGAACUUCCAGAUGAAGCACACGAGUUUAUGCCAGUGGAUUCUGAGCGUGAAGAAGAACUACAGGAAGAAUGUGGCCUAUCACAACUGGAGACACGCCUUCAACACCUCCCAGUGCAUGUUCGCCCUCCUCAAGUCUGGACGCUUACAGAAUAAUCUGAGCGAUCUGGAGGUCUUGGCUCUGAUGAUUGCAACUCUCAGCCAUGACCUGGACCACAGAGGAGUCAACAACUCCUACAUACAGAGGAGCGACCACCCACUGGCCCAGCUCUACUGCCACUCAACGAUGGAGCAUCACCACUUUGACCAGUGCCUCAUGAUCCUCAACAGCCCUGGAAACCAGAUCCUGAGCGGUCUCUCCCUGGACGAGUACAAGACAACUCUGAAGAUGAUCGAGAGGGCUAUUCUGGCCACUGACCUGGCCCUGUACAUGAAGAGGCGCGGGGAGUUCUUUGAGCUCACCAAGAACAGCCAGUUUGUCUGGGAGGAUGAACAUCACCGAGACUUACUGAGGUCAAUGCUGAUGACUGCGUGCGACAUCUCGGCCAUCACCAAGCCCUGGCCGGUGCAAAAAAGGAUUGCGGAGCUGGUGGCCACUGAGUUCUUUGAACAAGGGGAUAAAGAGAGGCAAGAGCUGAACAUUGAGCCCAGUGACCUGAUGAAUCGUGAGAAGAGAGAUAAGAUCCCCAGCAUGCAGGUGUCCUUCAUUGAUGCCAUCUGCAUUCAGUUAUACGAGACCUUGGCUGGCAUGUCGGAGUACUGUUCCCCGUUGCUGGAAGGAUGUCAGAAAAACCGGCAGAAUUGGAAGUGUUUGGCUGAGGAGUGCGAGAAAGGCCUGGUCAACGGCUUAGUGUGAUCCAAUUGCUAGUUUGGCUUUCAACCAACACAUUUCCAGGGCUCUCCCUGUCCUGCCUGGUCUGACAAAGUUUCAUGAAAUUAGCAUGAUCUAUAAAAUGACAAA